AUGCAAUUUUUAUUGCUUAGAGGAGGCGAGCAUUAUAAAUUAUUAGUUUCAAAUUUUAAGAAAAAGAAUGAUGGUGGUUUUACUGAUUACGAUGAUUAUUUCAAAAAAAGACCAGUUGACGCUGAUUUGCA